AUGGGUGGGCUCAACCUCGAAGUUUUCAAGUUCGGCAUGUACGUCAUGUUCCCCAUCGGGAUCAUGUACUACUUCGGCACCAACCUCGACAGCCGCUUCUCCGUGCCCGACUUCUGGCCCAAGCCCGAGAACGCCAACAGGCUGCCGCUCGAGCGCGACGAGAUCCACGCCGAGCUCGAGAGGCUGCGCGCCCGCCGCCUCUAUCUGCGGGACCAGCGGCUGGCCGCCGAGGCGCGCGCCGCGGCGCUGAAUCCGGGUGCGAAUCAGGAGCAGGGCGGGCAGUCGGAUGAGUAG